UUUCAUUAAUAUCAGUUUGUUUGUGACCUAGCCAUUUCAAUAUCUCGAUUCUCCAAAACAUUUGAUUGGUCUUGAGCGCUGGUCGGGGUAGCGAUUGGUCGCAGCCUGCAGUACGGUUGGCAACUGCCCAAAAGAGGCGAGGGGCAAUAGAUGUGCUUCGCUCGGUGACGGACCGCUGCGCGCCCAGACUGUCGCUUGACUUCGUUGUGUGAGGACGCCAUCAUUCACUUGGAGCUAUGACAGUCUCGAAGUCCCUUGCCCUGCUCGGGCUUUUUUGUUUCCUUGGAGUUGUUUACGGUGAAGUCGUAACGUUUCAAGCAUGUCCUGACGAGACGCGCGAGGACGGCAGCGUGGUGGCCCCGCGCUGCGAGGUGCACGAGCUGCGCAUCACGCCGUGCGCGGAGGCGGCCGAGAACAAGCCGUGCAAGGUGAAGCGCGGGCGCGCAGCCUCCAUCGAGUUCGACUUCACCGCCGCCGCCACCCUGCACAACGCCACCAGCCGCGCCUACUGGGCCAACGACAUGACCGACCUGCCGCUCGUCGGCAUGGACACCAACUCGUGCGGCUACACCGCCUGCCCCAUCCAGGCCAACGCCCGACAGGCCUUCGCGCAGAGCCUGCCGCUCAGCAAGAAGUUCCCGGUGAGAACUUAUGAUGUGAAAUGGAGACUUACAAAUGAAGAAGAAGGAGUGAAAUGUUGUUUUAUUUUCAAGAUCAAGCUGGUGAAGUAAAGCCAUUUUCCUAGGCAAAAAAGAACAAAACAUUUUGUACAUGAAGACAAGAUUUGGAAACAAAAAAGAAAUGUCAUCUCACUUCAUUUAAAAAAUUAUGUCAGCAACUACUGUUAAGUGAAUAACAUAUGAUGCAUUGCGAUGUAACAAAUACGAAUGUCUUUCAAUGUUUAUAUUUAUGAAUGCUUGUAUUUCUUUCAAAAAGUUUGGGCACUAUCAUGUUCUUAAAAUAAUUGUAUUUUACAAGCAUCUUCAAAUACAAAGUUUCAAAUUCAUGAAAAAAAUAUUUUUUUCU